UUCGUCUUUUUGAAAUUGGGCAAAUGUGAGAACGGGUGCGUCUGUUUACCAAUCCAAACUUUUCUGCCUGGGAUUUUAGAAGUUUUCAGGCCAAGCUGGAGGCCAGUUUCUAGAUCUGCACAAAAUUGGUGCAAUGAGACCACCCAAAUCAGUCUGCAUCUGUUCUUUUUGGGACAAUGCCUAGGUACCGUGAAGGAGACGUCAUUUUUCGAAGCGAACCAUGGGUAUAUUGCGUUUUGGAGAGUGCAUCCACGUCAAUCUGCUACCGAUGUUUGCGACAGCCCGAUGAAGGGGUUCGGCGGUGCACCCAGUGCCAGUUCGCGCAUUACUGCUCGGAUCAGUGCCAGAAAAGUGACUGGACACUGCGUCAUCGGCCGGAGUGUAAAGUCAUUCAGCGAAUAAUGCGAGAAAAGCCAUCUGAGAGCUUGCCACGCGAUUUUCUCUUCAUUCUUUGCAAAAUGAUACCGAAACUGAAGAAAAAUCAUAAAUCGGACAGCGAUGGAGCCUGCCAACCGCUUUCCGUGCGUACGUUUGAAGAUCUGAUGUCCCAUGAACAAGAGUUUUCCCAGAAUCCAGCUCUCCCGGUGCUUUAUGCUUCCUGGAAACCAUAUCUGGAUUUGCUGGACAAAGGCAGCAGUGUUUGUCCUGAUGUGGAUGCCUUUAUUCGGUUGUAUGGGAAAUUUAACAUCAACGCCUUCAGUUUAGCGGAUUAUUUCUUGGGCGAUACGGGAAAAGGUCUAUAUUUGGGUCCAUCCAUACUUGACCACUCUUGUAUACCGAACGCUGUUCAGAUCUUCCAGGGGACUACUCUAACUGUCAAAGCCAUACAAGAUAUUGAAAAAGAGGAAGAUGUUCGGAUUGCGUAUAUCUCUACGUUUGCGACGACAAGAUUUCGGCGAGAAUAUUUGAAACAACAUUACUUUUUUAUUUGCGACUGUGCGGCAUGCGUCAAUGUUGAGCUGGAUGCUAAGCGCAGUGCUGUACAGUGCACCACGGAAAGGUGUCCCGCUGUGGUACCUUUGGACGAAAAAGUACGAUUUUGUAACGAAUGCGGGGCAGACAAUUUGGAACGAUUAUUGUCCGGUCGGAAACAUCUUGAGCGAAUGUGGAGCGAUCACGACCGCAUAGUGGAGGGCAGCGAAAGAUUUUCUUAUGAAGAGAUCUUAAAAGUUUUGCAGCAGGAUAUUUCUGCCGCUGAGAAAUUGCUUCAUUGUACGAAUUUCUUAAUGGGAAUUUUUUAUCGGGAGGCGGCAGUUGCAUUGGAAAACUUGGGUCGGUAUGACGAAAGCGUGCGGUAUCUGCAGAAAGCUCUUCCGGCUAUGAGGAUGCACCUGAGCAAGUAUCAAAGUGAAGUGACAGGGGCUUUGUCGGAGACAAUGUACUGGCUUGGAGAUAACCAACAAUUUUCGGAUGCACUACGUGUGGGAACAGAACUUCAGGAUAUUCUCAGAAUAGUUCCUGGUGAGAAUACUGAGAUUUAUGAAGAAUACUCAAAAUUUCUUCUGGAGUGCCAGACGAUGGAAAGCUCCAUGAUGACAAGUAAUGCUCAUAAGCUUAAUCACUACUGGCCAUAUCUUGACCUGCUGCGUCUGGGCAUCGUGCCGUGCGUUUGCCAAAGCGUGGAACCAUUUGAGUGUUUCGUCAUCCAAUUCGGUGGCACAAUGGCUGGCAACAUGGACGACGAAAUGAGACGGUUCGAAAUGGAGUUAUCUGGUGGCUCUUCUCAAAACUCUUUAAGACCAAAUAUUGGCCGGGCUGUACCACCAGGAUUUCCAAUGGGACCAUCUGUUGCUAGCGCACCAGUCCGAUUUAUUCCGCAUCAGCUGCAGAUGAGUCGCGCCAGUCUGCAUGCUGCGCCCGUACCAGCUCCCCGACCACCUCAUGCUCAGCACUUCACUGCCCCUCAAGCGCCACCAUUUUUUCCUCCCAUGCCAAUGCCACCAAUGAUGGCACCCCCGAUGUUUCCUCGCAUGAAUACUCCUUCUGCUCAGCCAUCAACAUCUCAGGCGCGCCAGGCAGUACCAUCAAACGUCCUCCAAGUAAGCGCCAACAAAGCCAUGUUGGACGCCCAAAAAGCCAUGGCCAUGCAGACGAAAGAGCCGCCCGUAAUGGGCCCACAGAUCACUCCCAAAGCAAUUGAGGAUAAAGCUUUGUCAAAUAAGUCUAAGAAAAAGAUGAAAUUUACACGAACGGCAGGCGGUGAAGUGUGGGAGGAUAGCAGUCUGGCUGAAUGGGAUCCGCAUGAUUAUCGGAUAUUCUGCGGUGAUCUGGGCAAUGAAGUCAAUGAUGAGGCGCUGGCCCGUGCCUUCCGCCGCUACGCAUCCUUUCAGAAAGCUAAAGUCAUCCGGGAUAAGCGCACUAAUAAGACCAAAGGUUUUGGGUUUGUCAGUUUCAAAAAUCCCGAGGAUUUCGUCCGCGCCAUGAAAGAAAUGAAUGGCAAGUAUGUGGGAAAUCGUCCCAUUAAGCUACGUAAAAGCUCAUGGAAGGAUCGUCAAUUAGAUGUGGCGAAGAAGCGCUUCAAAGAGAAGCAAAAAUCGGGGAUGCGUGGUUAAUUAUGUCUCUUGGUUUCCGCUUGUUUUUCACCGGUUCUCUUUUGUGCACCUGUUGGCCAGUGUUUCACCGCAAUUUACAUUCAUUCUCUGGUGUUUCUGACCUGAAUUCAAAUUUUUAGUGCAUUUGUCAUAAGAUCCUUGGAUUUUGCAUAUACUUUCUUCUGUUUUUACCGUGUAUUUACGAUACACUUCGUUUUCGGUUUGAGACAUUUCGUUUAUGUGAAAUGUCCGGCAACUGUACCGGAAGCCAUAAGGAAGCCAUUUCUCAUAUGCUGUCGCAAGUGUCGGAAUAUGUUUACGCCGGCUCUUCGACGGGCUGUCCAUUUUUCCAUCGGCAAAGACAGUUUAUGGUCGAUAUAAUGACGAGAAAUUUCUUGAUCGUGAGUUCAUCCGCUUUGGGAAUUCAUUUGGCGCUUGAUUUAAAAAAUCCUGCUAGUAAAAUAGCCAGUGUUGGGCACGAGUGGAAUGCUGCUUGCGUCGGAAAGGUGUUUGUGAGUAGCCCACUCGUAAUUAACGGAUCCAGCGUGAUGUGGUCAGGAUUCAUUGAUUAUUCAACGCUCGCAGGAAAAGGUCAUCUUGAACCCACGAAUUUAA